UGCCAGUGGAGGUGAGCGUUUCCACACUGUUUGGGCUCGACGUUUGAGCACUUUCGGGACGGCUAGAAGUUCCCCAGGGUCCAUGGCAGACAUAGGCAAACUGCCGCAAGUACAGAAUGGGACUACAGCCAGCGCGAGCUACAAUGGCGUGGAUGCCGCUCAUGCCUGCAACGUUCUCCAGCAGCUGAAAGCCUUGUAUGAUGAAGCACAGCUGACUGACAUCGUGGUUGAGGUGGAUCACGGGCAGACCUUCUCCUGCCACAGAAAUGUCCUCGCUGCAAUUAGCCCCUACUUCAGGUCUAUGUUCACCAGUGGCCUUACGGAGAGCAGCCAGAGGGAGGUACGCAUCGUCGGGGUGGAGUCUGAGUCCAUGCGCCUCGUGCUCGAUUAUGCCUACACCUCCCGUGUCAUGCUGUCGGAGUCCAAUGUCCAGGCUCUGUUCACGGCGGCGAGCAUCUUCCAGAUCCCUGCCUUGCAGGAUCAGUGUGCCCAGUUUAUGGUGAGUCGCUUGGACCCCCAGAACUGCAUCGGGGUUUUCAUGUUUGCCGACUACUACGGCCACCAGGAGCUGAAGGAGAGGUCGCAGGACUAUGUCCGCAAGAAGUUCCUGUGUGUGGCUAAGGAGCAGGAGUUCCUGCAAAUGACCGCUGAGCAGCUGGUCAGCAUCCUGAGUAGUGAUGACCUGAAUGUGGAGAAGGAAGAGCACGUCUACGAGAGCAUCAUCCGCUGGCUGGAGCACGAUCUCACCCACCGGGAGCCCCACCUGCCACGGGUGCUGGCCCAAUGUAUCCGGUUGCCCCUACUGGAUGAGGCCUUCCUGAAAAAGAUCCCACCCACCUUUAGUCAAGCCCUAGCUAAGGAUUGGCUGGAAAAGGGCAAGACUGGUACCUGUCCUCGACGGCUGGGCAUGACUGCAUCUGCAAUGGUCAUCUGCUUUGAUGCUGCCCACAAGCACUCGGCGAAGAAGCAAACUGUGCCGUGCCUAGACAUUGCCACCGGGAAGGUGUUCAAGCUCUGUAAGCCGCCCAACGACCUGAGGGAGGUCGGAAUCCUGGUUUCUCCAGAGAACGACAUCUACAUCGCUGGCGGCUACCGGCCGAGCAGCAGCGAGGUGUGUAUCGACCACCGUGCCGAGAGCGACUUCUGGCUCUACGAGCAUGCGGGCAACCGCUGGCUUCCGCGGGCACCUAUGCUGCGCGCCAGGAUCGGCUGCAGGCUGGUGCACUGCUACAACAAGCUCUACGCCCUGGGCGGCCGUGUCUACGAAGGCGAUGGGCGCAACGCCCUCAAGUCGGUGGAGUGCUACGACGCUAGGGACAACCGCUGGACAGCUGUCAGUCCCAUGCCUGUCGCCAUGGAGUUCCACAGUGCCAUAGAGUACAAGGAGCGCAUCUAUGUGCUGCAAGGUGAGCACUUUUUUUUCUUCGAACCUCACAAAGACUACUGGGGCCACCUGACCCCCAUGAGUGUACCAAGAAGCCAGGGGCUUGCUACCCUGUACAAGAACUGCAUCUACUACAUCGCAGGGACCUGCCGGAACCACCAGCGCACGUUCGUGGUAGAGGCCUACGACAUGGAGAGGAACAUGUGGACUCGGAAGCGAGACCUUCCGUUUGAUCAGGCAGCCAGCCCCUACAUCAAGGCUCUCCGCCUGCACGGCCAGAUGCACCUCUUUGUCAGGGCCACUCAGGUCACCGUGGAGGAGCACGUCUUCCGGACCAGCCGCAAGAACUCACUGUAUCGAUACGACGACGAGACCGAUGAGUGGAAGAAGGUCUACGAGACACCUGACCGCCUGUGGGACCUCGGGCGCCAUUUUGAGUGCGUUGUUGCCAAGCUCUACCCGCAGUGUCUCCAGAAGGUGCUCUGACAGUGAAGGGAACAGUGUCCAGAGUAGCUGAAUUUGUCAGGGAGCCUAGUUCUGCCCUGCUCUUGGUGCUGUCCAUGCUGGCAAUAUGAGGGAUGGAGAGCCGUGAAAAGCAUUAAGCGUCUGCCCCCUUCGAGACGGGCACUCUGAAGCUUGCGGAGUCAGGUUUCCGGCUCCACCCCCACCUUCCCUAUUACAGAUGCCUUCCAGUGGUACUAGAUUGAAAAGUGCAAUUAUCACUGUGCCUGUUCAGUGUGUCUGGGUGCUCUGCUGGGAGACAGCGGGCAGGUAGAUUCGCAGAGAGGGAGGGAGGGAGGGAGGGAGGGA